AUGAACAACGAUGCUUCAUCAACGCGCCCUUCUGCUCCUCAGCCAAAGCCAGCCCAGUCCUUCAAGGAGCGUCUCUUUGCUCGCCCGAAGAAAAAGAAGGAGCCGACUCCCGAGCCUGCAAAGAUCGAGCUUCAUUCCCGGCCGCAAACCACCAUUGCCCCCUUCUUCAAGAAGAUCCAAGCGGCCUUUGGAGAAGAAACCCAGCCUUCGAAACAGCAGCGAAGACAAAAACAACAACAGCAACAAGAGGAACAAGACGCUGCCCAUGUUCCUACCCUUCCUCUCAAACGCCAGCCUACCUCUACUGUUCAAGCCCGCAAGAGAAAACGAGACUCUCCUGCUGCUAAAGUCCAAGAGGAAACCCUCUCCGCCGAAACAGAAGAGAUGCUCAACGAACUCAAAGCCCACUACCUAACAGCCGCUACAAACCUGCACACACACGCCCUCACCUCCCUCGACCAAGCACAUACCCUCCUCAUCCAAAAGUUCGACGACGACAUCGUCGCCUCCGACGAGGAGUUCCUCCAACACGCCGAGAAGCGUGCCCGUAAGCUCUCGCUGCCGCUAUCCAAUUUCGCUAUCCGCUCCGACCAGCGCGGAAGCGAUGGCGUGAUGAAAAUCGAGAAGCAUGCAGUUGGAGACUUGGUGAAGGGGGUUGAGAAGAAGCUGGCGGAAGCGGAGAGGGAGAUGGAGGGGCUGUGGAGGGAGUGGGUGGAGAGUGAAGAGGGGUUUGAGAGGGUUUGGGAGGAGGUUUGGGGAGAGGUUGAGGGGAUGGGGAUGGAGAAGGGGAAGAAAGGGAAGAACGUAGAGGGAGGUGAUAAGGGAAAGGGGAAGGUAGCUGGGAGAGAGUUUGAGGGUGUUAUGACAGGGGAGAAUGGGGAGGGUGAAGAUCUGCUUGGGCCAAAUGGAAACGAAGCGAAGUCUGAGAAGCUCGAUGAACAGGAUGUGUUGGCCAAGUAUGAGAAGGCUAUUCAGGAGGAGAUCGAGAAGGCGGAGGAAGAAGUGACGGAGUUGACGAACUUGACUUAUCAGAUGAUGAAGGAUCUUGAGAAGGACUACCGGAAGGCAAUCAUCCCGGACUUGCACCUGUUCUACACCUCGAUCGAGGAUGUGUGA